UGGGCCUAUCUCUUAUUCCUCCAUCGUUAGGCAACUAAUAAAACAUUGUUUACCGACAUAUCUAUUUGACAGAAUUGUCAAACUUUUCUAGAAAAAUACAGUGGAAAAGUUUUUUAAAUGUCUGAAAUCUUUGCAAAUUGAUUUUGAUAUUUAAACGAUUACAGGAGAGUGUCUAGAAAGCUACUUGAAAAUUAUGGACAUUGAUCAGCCUUCAUCUUCCGCAGUGUUCGCUACUGCACUAGUUCUGCCCAAGAUAGAUGAAAGCAAUACCAUGGACAACAAGCCUCCUAAAGAAAGAUUAGUGGAAGUACUUGAUAUACUGGAAAGCAAGGUAGAGAAAUUAAGGAAAGAAGCCAGUCUGCUGGAAGAAGAGAGAGAUAAGUUACUUGCCACGUUAGAUUCUGUUAGACAUGCUGACUUAAUGAAUCAAUUAGAUGAAAAUGAUGCCGAUGAUAUAACUCGUUAUAGAGAUAGAAUUGCUAAUCGUUGUCAAACUGUAGAAGUUCACGUUUUGACUCAUAGAGAUCAAAUGCAAGAAGAAGCCUUGUUUCAGGUGAAUCACUUAAUUGAUAUCUUAGUUAUGGAUCUACGAAAUGAUCAUGAAGCAGCAAGACAAAGAUGUCUGUCUUAUGUUAAUGCUUGCUCAUCUAUAAUGAUAGACGGAAUUAUGGAUAAGAAAUUUGAAUCUGCCCUGUUAGGGUGCACCUUAGAUGACCAAAAACGUGUCAAAAAACGCCUCCAGGGUUUGCUUACUUACUUUGAAAGAUUCUUUGUUCAGUCUUUCGAUUAGAUAAAUAUUUAAAUUUUAAAGAAAAUCAAUACCAAAAGUAAAUGUAACAGUUUUCUGGAUUCUGGGAUAGACAUGUUUUACUUUUGGAUUCUUUUUGUAAAUUAUGCGUUUAAAGACUAUCUGGUUCAUGGAAGACUUCUGUUGUAUAUUUGUUAUCUAUUCUAUUUUUUACUAAAGAAAAAAGGAAUGUAUGUUGCCAAUACAGUAGUAUAUUUAUUGUGUUGUUUCCGAUAAUUACUUUAGAAAUUAUAUCUAUUAUUUAAAAAUGAAUUAUUUUUUUCUAGUUAUAAAAGUUGGUUUGUCACUACGCGAAUCUGUUUCGCGAAAAAAUCUCGCCUCGUAAAGACAUACCCUUCAUAUUCAAGGCUUGUACCAUAAAGAUUAAUUUUCAAAAUCGAGACAUUCAAUGAAAUUCGUAUUAAAAUUAAAAAAAAAACAGAGAAUCAAUAAAAAAGAGGUUGAAAGCAAAGCAAUCAAAACUCAUUUGUUCAGCUCCGUGUCGACUACUGAAUAGCCAAUUGCCGGUAGCGGUUAGGUGCUUCUGAUAUUCAGUCUUGUGUAGUAAUCCGCGGAAAGUUUCUAAAGGUAUCUUUAGAAGGUUGGAAACAAAAUUCAUUUGUUCAACUUCGUGUCAACUGCUGAAUAGCCAAUUACCGGUAGCGGUUAGGUGCUUCUGAUAUUCAGUCUUGUGUAGUAAUCCGCGGAAAGGUAUCUUUAGAAGGUAUCUUAUAUCUCUUAUAUCAUUUAACAGUCAUCAUUUCUAUAGUGAGAUUUCCAAAGAAUUUUCUCUACUCCAAAAUGGGCAUCUUGUUUUACCACUUUUCUUCCUCAAAUAAAUCAUCAUCAUAAUUGCAAAUUCUAAUGUUGCAUUUGGAGUUACCACUAGCAUUGUUUCGCACCAUUUCGCACAAACUGCCGAUGCCGGCUCACCCUGUAUUCGCCUAGAUCCCGAAACAUUUCUUCCUGUCAGCCAAAAGAUACUAGCGAAAAAACAUUUUCCCAAAGCAGAUUCUUGCAGUGACAACUCAGUUUAAAAGAAUUAUAUUUUUUUCACCUAUAAAAUUUAAACUACACUACAGAUAUUAUACACACAUAGAACUAAGUCAUCGCUUUUUGUAGUACAAAAAACUUAUAAGAUUCCAGUACACAUAUAUGUAUAUAACAGAAUUAAUGAAAUAAAUUCUAAAGCU